CUAUGCUUUAGGAACUGAGCCAGCAGCCUUUCCUAUGGGCAAGGUCUGGUGCCCUUCCUGCCCCUCCGGGACCAUGGAGCAGUGGCAGCCCAUGGGGAUGUGGUCCCUGGGCCUGGGCCUACCUACGGCCCAGAGCUACCCUGAGAGUGUCAGUGCUAGCAGCACAGCUACCUCUGGUGGCAGGAGAAGAGAGUCCCAGCACAGGGGCAGGCCAGGCCUCCCUGCCCAGGUCUACACGGAGCACUCAGUGACCCAGAGCAGGGAAUGGAGGUACUCCCAGCCCUGCCCCAGGCCACAGCAGGACACGCCAGGCCAGGCCUCACCCAAGGCCAAGGCUGGCAUCACCUUUUGGAGCCGAGGCCCUAGGCCUAGUCUGCCCUUCUCAGGUGCCAACACCACCCAGUCCUGCCCUUGGCCUCACUUGGUGCCAGCAAUAAGUGGGGGGUCACCGCCUUGGGAAUACUUUCAUCUUCUAAAUGGGACUUGCUCUUACGUCAGGAGGCCCCUUAGUGCAAAUAUGACCCUGGUCAGGGUGUUGCCACCAUUGAAGCCCUGCAGAAGGUGCAAUCUAGGGAUCCUGGGGCCACGGAAGAGGGGGCCACUUCCCACCAGGGCCCCCAACGUGACAUCUAGGCAUCGGGGGCUCCUGCCCUUCUUCCUCCCACAGCAGGAACUGCCACUGCUCUCCCAGGCCCUGUUCUGGAGGCUAACCUUGGUCCCUAGAGAAUGCGCCCCUCCACCCUCCCUCCAGCAGCCCUGACCACACCAUGGCAGAGCCAGGAACGGAUCACCCUGCUGAAGAUCACUCUGUGCCCUAGGGCAGGAGCCAAGCCCUCACUCCACAUGGGGCAGGUGGGGGCCUGGGUGCUGACCCGGCCCAUGUCCCCACAGAGCGCCUUCCGUAGUUUCAGCUUGUCUCCCUGGCUUUUCUUUGAAGGAGAAAAAUGUAAAAUGCAUGCUGAGAGAGAAAGCCAGCCCUGCCUGCUCAGUCAGCCCCGGCAGCAGGACAGCCAUGGGAAUGUUUCUGCUUCUCAGCUCAGGAAAAGCAGGAACCCUUUCCCAAAGCCCAGAGAAGCCCUGGGCUCAGAUCUGUAAUUCUCCCCAGGAGCUGUGAUAGAGCAAGUCACACAAAAGUCCCUACACCUCCCCGCCGCCUCCCCCAGACGCAUGUGAUGCCAUCGCCAUUCCCCAAAUUAAAUAUCGGCAUGCAGCCUGACUAGGGACUCUUUAGAUGCAUGACUUUAUUUACAUGAAGGCUCUCACAGACACACAUGACACUUCAGUAGUAUUUGCAUUCCUGGUUAAAGAAUCACCAACAUUUAAAAGGAAAACUUUCCUGAAAUUGGGACUCUUUCAUGUCAUCUGGAAGGGGCUGGUACAUCCACCCACCAUGUCUCCCUGCUGGGUCAGGAGCCUGCACAGGGCCCCACACAUGAGCGUGCCUAACAUCUCACGCAUGGCCACUCCAGAGCCAGCCCUGUCUUGGAAAGCCGUGAAGCCUUGAGUUGAGUUCCUUCUCGGUAUUGACAGCUCCGUGCCGACAUUCUGAGCUCUGGAGUUGCACCAGCACAGGGACAGGGAGGAAGCGAGGCUUGGAAGGGAUGCCAGGUCUUGCACAGCUUGGCCUCAAGGUGAGAGGAGGGCAGAAGCCAGGAGGGGAUCCAAAGGCCUGGGACACAGGGACCAACUGCCACUGUCAACACAGCCCGGUCCAUACAGAAAUGGAUUUCAUGCCUGGAAAGCUUUUUAGAGAAAGAUGCCACCUGCGGCCGGUGACGGCCACAAACCUACUGGCCAUGGUUCCUUGAAGCGGUGAGGGGUAGAGAGUCAGCCUCCCUCCCUUGCAGCAGUGACCCAGCUUCCCUCCACUUCCAGGUGGCUCUGGGCUCACCGUGGCAGCACUGGUGGGUGCUCUGAAAACCCACAGGCUCUGCUCGGACCCCACCCCCAGGCCGACGCAGGUCCCAUCUCACUCUCUUCUCUCACCAAUUGCUAACAUAGACCUUAUUGGGAUCAUGAUGGCUUCACAAGCCAGCUGUCGGGUUUGCUAUGUCACUGCGGCUGGGUCACAUCCCCGCGUGUAUACUGUCUGCGGGGCACAUAUGUAUCCGUUUAGAGCUCAAGGAAUCAGUGUACACUACAGCUAAUCCUAAUAAACCUGAUGUUUUCGGAAUGG